CAUCAUCGUCGACGUCUCGACCCUUCUGAAAAAGCUAAAACGGAAGAGGAAUAACGGAAAAAGAAAAGAGAAACACGGGCACUCCUCCCCUGACUCCUCCUCCCACCCCAGCUCCCUAAUUUCUUCCUCCCAAUCAAUCCGCCCCCAAAUUCCUCCAAGCACCACCUACUAAAUCACCGCAUCUCCCCACGCGGCACGGCGCAGAGAACCCGAGACCGAGAGGGUUGGUGAAGCAGAGUCUCAGAGAGGGAUCGGGGAAGAAGAACACGCGCGCGUACCAGGGCAGUUUGUGUGCUGCUGCAUUUAGCCGGAAUCUAAAUCUCUAUCUCUCUGUCCGAGGAGCCGGGGGGGUUCCGUGGGAGGGAGCUAGCGGCCAAAACCCUCGUUUGUUGCCAUCUGCAGCUCGAUGCCGUAAUCCGCCGCCCAGAGAGCUCUCGGCUGACGGCCGCACCCUCCCCUGCCCCGCCUGCCGUGGCAACCAAGCCCCAAUGCCUUUUAAACCCCUCGCCGCUCCCCACCACCUGCUCCUGACGCCUCCGAUCCCCACCUGCCAAUGCCGCGCUUCCUCCAAUCCCCCCUGCCCCUCACGGAGGCUGCCGCCGCCGCCGCGCACGCCGCGCUGCUCGCCCUCGCGCUCCUCCUGCUGCUCCUCCGCGCCGCCAGGGCCCUCGCCUCGCGCUGCGCAUCCUGCCUCAAGCCGCACCGCCGCGGCCCUGCCGCCGACGCCGCGGCCGCGGCCGCGUCGUCGUCGUCCACUGGCGCCUGGUACAGGGCGGCCCUCGCGUGCUGCGGCUACGCCCUGCUAGUGCAGGCCGGCGCGCUCGGAUAUGAGGUCGCGGCCGCGGGGCCGCGUGUCGCUGUCGAGGCGCUGCUGCUGCCGGGGGUGCAGGCGCUGGCCUGGGCCACGCUGCUGGCGCUCGCGCUGCAGGCCCGCGCCGGCGGCUGGGGCAGGUUCCCGGCGCUGGUGCGCGUCUGGUGGGUGGUCUCCUUCGCGCUCUCCGUUGCCAUUGCAUACGACGAUUCCAGGCGGCUGAUGGGUGAUGACGCGUCCAAGGUGGAUUACGCGCACAUGGUUGCCAACUUCGCCACGCUGCCUGCCCUUGGGUUCCUCUGCUUGGUUGGUGUCAUGGGUUCCAGCGGUGUAGAAUUGGACUUUAGUGAUGCCACCGGUGUUCAUGAGCGGCUCUUGCUCGGCGGGCAGCGUAGGGAUGCCGAGGAGGAGCCCGGCUGCUUGCGGGUCACUCCAUACGGCGAUGCUGGGAUUGUCAGCCUCGCAACAUUGUCAUGGCUUAGUCCAUUACUUUCAGUUGGAGCGCAGAGGCCACUCGAGUUGGCUGACAUACCCUUGCUGGCUCACAAGGAUCGUUCCAAAUUCUGCUAUAAGGCGAUGAGCAGUCACUAUGAGCGCCAACGAACGGAGUUCCCUGGCAAGGAGCCAUCUCUGGCAUGGGCAAUACUCAAGUCAUUCUGGCGUGAAGCAGUGAUCAACGGUACUUUCGCUGCGGUGAACACCGUCGUUUCCUAUGUCGGCCCAUACCUGAUCAGCUACUUUGUGGACUACCUCAGUGGCAAAAUCGCCUUCCCCCAUGAAGGUUACAUACUUGCCUCUGUAUUUUUUGUAGCAAAGUUGCUUGAGACGCUCACUGCUCGCCAGUGGUACUUGGGUGUGGACAUCAUGGGGAUCCAUGUCAAGUCCGGUCUGACCGCCAUGGUGUACAGGAAAGGUCUCAGGCUGUCAAAUGCCUCACGGCAGAGCCAUACGAGUGGUGAGAUUGUGAAUUACAUGGCGGUUGAUGUGCAACGGGUGGGGGACUUUGCAUGGUACUUUCAUGACAUCUGGAUGCUUCCACUGCAGAUCAUUCUUGCCCUUGCCAUCCUGUACAAGAACGUCGGGAUUGCCACAGUUUCAACAUUGAUUGCCACUGCAUUGUCGAUUGCUGCCUCAGUUCCCGUGGCAAAGCUGCAGGAACACUACCAAGAUAAGCUAAUGGCAGCAAAGGAUGAGCGCAUGCGCAAGACUGCAGAGUGCUUGAAGAAUAUGAGGAUUCUUAAGUUGCAGGCGUGGGAGGAUCGGUACAGGCUUAUGCUUGAAGAUAUGAGGAAAGUGGAAUACAGGUGGCUUCGGUGGGCUUUGUACUCACAGGCUGCAGUUACAUUUGUUUUCUGGAGUUCGCCAAUCUUUGUCGCAGUCAUAACUUUCGGUACUUGUAUAUUGCUUGGUGAUGAGCUCACCGCCGGAGGUGUUCUUUCUGCUUUAGCAACAUUUAGGAUCCUUCAAGAGCCUCUGAGAAAUUUUCCGGAUCUCAUCUCCAUGAUGGCUCAGACAAGGGUGUCUUUAGACCGGUUGUCCCACUUUUUGCAGCAAGAAGAAUUGCCAGAUGAUGCAACAAUAAGUGUUCCACAGGGUAGUACAGACAAGGCAGUUGAUAUUAAGGGUGGCAGUUUCUCUUGGAACGCAUCAUGUUCAACCCCUACACUUUCUGAUAUACACCUUAGUGUGGUGAGAGGCAUGCGCGUGGCAGUCUGUGGUGUCAUUGGCUCUGGCAAAUCAAGUCUAUUGUCUUCUAUACUUGGGGAGAUACCUAGAUUAUGUGGACAAGUCAGGGUCAGUGGUACAGCCGCAUAUGUUCCUCAGACUGCUUGGAUACAGUCUGGAAAUAUUGAGGAGAACAUUCUUUUCGGCAGUCCGAUGGACAGACAGCGUUACAAGAGAGUUAUUGAGGCUUGCUCCCUGAAGAAAGAUCUUCAGUUGCUCCAGCAUGGAGAUCAGACCAUCAUUGGGGACAGAGGCAUUAACUUGAGUGGAGGUCAGAAACAGAGAGUACAGCUUGCUAGAGCACUGUACCAAGAUGCUGAUAUUUAUUUGCUUGACGAUCCCUUCAGUGCUGUUGAUGCUCAUACUGGGAGUGAUUUAUUUAAGGAAUAUAUAAUGAGCGCACUAGCUACCAAAACAGUAAUUUAUGUAACCCAUCAAGUUGAGUUCUUACCAGCUGCUGACUUGAUAUUGGUUCUUAAGGAUGGUCAUAUCACCCAAGCUGGAAAAUAUGAUGACCUUCUCCAAGCUGGAACAGAUUUCAAUGCUUUGGUUUCUGCUCAUAAGGAAGCUAUUGAAACCAUGGAUUUUUUCGAAGAUUCUGAUGGAGAUAUCUCUCCUUCUGUUCCCAACAGAAGAUUGACGCAUAGUGCUAGCAAUAUCGAUAACCUGAACAAUAAAGUAGCUGAAAAAGAGAAAUCAUCUACGCCACGUGGAAUAAAGGAAACCAAAAAGACUGAAGAGCGUAAGAAGAAGCGUACUGUUCAAGAGGAGGAGAGGGAGCGAGGAAGAGUUAGCUCAAAAGUUUAUUUGUCAUACAUGGGGGAAGCCUACAAAGGUACACUGAUACCGCUCAUUAUCGUGGCUCAAACUUUGUUCCAAGUGCUUCAGAUUGCGAGUAACUGGUGGAUGGCAUGGGCGAACCCACAAACAGAAGGAGAUGCACCUAAGACAGAUAGCGUGGUCCUUCUGGUUGUUUAUAUGUGCCUUGCUUUUGGGAGUUCAUUGUUUGUGUUUGUGAGAAGCCUUCUUGUGGCUACAUUUGGUUUAGCAGCUGCUCAGAAGCUGUUUGUGAAAAUGCUAAGGUGUGUGUUUCGAGCGCCAAUGUCAUUCUUUGAUACUACGCCAGCUGGACGGAUUCUGAAUCGGGUUUCUGUAGAUCAAAGUGUCGUGGACCUUGAUAUAGCAUUCAGGCUAGGUGGAUUUGCAUCAACAACAAUUCAACUCCUUGGAAUAGUUGCUGUCAUGAGCAAAGUCACAUGGCAAGUUCUGUUUCUUAUAGUUCCCAUGGCUAUUGCAUGCAUGUGGAUGCAGAGAUAUUAUAUUGCUUCAUCAAGGGAACUGACUAGGAUAUUGAGUGUUCAGAAGUCCCCAGUGAUCCAUUUGUUUAGUGAGUCAAUUGCUGGUGCUGCAACCAUCAGAGGGUUUGGUCAAGAGAAACGAUUCAUGAAAAGAAAUCUUUACCUUAAUGAUUGUUUUGCUCGGCCUUUAUUUUCCAGCCUUGCAGCUAUUGAAUGGCUCUGCUUACGAAUGGAAUUGCUCUCGACUUUUGUGUUUGCUUUCUGCAUGGCAAUACUCGUCAGCUUUCCCCCUGGCACGAUUGAGCCAAGUAUGGCUGGGCUUGCUGUCACAUAUGGACUCAAUUUAAAUGCUCGGAUGUCAAGGUGGAUAUUGAGCUUCUGUAAAUUAGAAAAUAGGAUAAUCUCUGUUGAGCGCAUUUAUCAGUAUUGUAAGAUUCCUAGUGAAGCUCCACUGAUUAUUGAGAAUUCCCGGCCCCCAUCCUCUUGGCCUGAGAAUGGGAACAUUGAAUUGAUUGAUCUCAAGGUGCGCUACAAGGAUGACCUUCCCUUGGUUCUACAUGGAGUCAGUUGUAUCUUUCCUGGUGGGAAAAAGAUUGGGAUUGUUGGGCGAACGGGAAGUGGUAAAUCUACUCUUAUUCAGGCCCUUUUCCGCCUGAUUGAACCUACAGGAGGGAAAAUCAUCAUUGACGACAUCGAUGUCUCUGCAAUUGGCCUUCAUGAUCUGCGGUCACGGUUGAGCAUCAUCCCUCAGGACCCUACACUGUUCGAGGGUACUAUCAGAAUGAAUCUUGAUCCUCUUGAAGAGCGUCCUGAUCAAGAAAUUUGGGAGGCACUAGAAAAAUGUCAGCUUGGAGACGUCAUCCGUUCCAAGGAAGAAAAGCUGGACAGUCCAGUACUGGAGAAUGGGGAUAACUGGAGUGUGGGACAGCGUCAGCUUAUUGCACUGGGUAGAGCGCUGCUUAAGCAGGCUAAAAUUUUAGUGCUUGAUGAGGCAACGGCAUCAGUUGACACAGCUACAGAUAAUCUUAUUCAAAAGAUUAUCCGGAGUGAAUUCAAGGAUUGCACUGUUUGUACCAUUGCACACAGAAUCCCAACGGUCAUUGACAGUGACCUAGUCCUUGUCCUCAGCGAUGGUAAAAUCACAGAGUUCGACACACCCCAGAGGCUUUUGGAGGACAAAUCCUCUAUGUUCAUGCAGCUAGUUUCUGAGUACUCUACCCGGUCGAGCUGUAUAUAGAGAGGCUUAGUUUAAAUCCCCAUCAAGGAUAGAGGCUGGGAGGUAAAGUAGCCGUAUCUUCCAGUCUACUCACACCAUACGGGUAUGCACCAACACCAUAGGGCGAAGCAGGAGGAAAGGAGUGGUACAUGAACGGAAAAAAGAGCCGGCGUUCCCUGACCUGAAUAGCCAUGGAAUCCACGAGGGAAUGCGGCAGGCGAAUACCACGGGCGGAAUUGGUGGGAUUAAUUAACCGAAGCUCUGAUGCUCGUGUAUGUAUAACAUCCUGUACUACUUCUCCCUUGCAUAAUGGGACAAAGAGGGGAAUAACAUGAAUAAUACUGGGGAAAAUUUUGUCUUUUCGGCGUCAGAUUUGAGUGCUUUGACCUCUGCGAAACGGUUGCUUGGAAAUGGGAAACAUAUGUAGGUUGGUUCAGUGGACA